AAACUUUACGGUUGCUUACACGCGCGCAUUUGAGGAACUAUAGAUAAUAAAUGCAUGGAAACCAUUUAACACACGAGAACAAGCAGCUCGCAGAAUAUCACAGAACUGACACGUGGAAUGAAUGUGGACAUGGCCUCAUCUUUCCAUCUGCCGAGAAGCGCCAGCAGCACCAGAGAAACUUUAGAGAACACGAGCAGCGAGUCUUCAGACACCGAGGCAGCAGAAAAGGAGCGCUCUGUGGAGCAGAGGAGCGACGACGGGAACGCAGAUGACCCGAAGAAGAAGAAGCAGCGGCGGCAGAGGACUCACUUCACCAGCCAGCAGCUGCAGGAGCUGGAGGCCACCUUCCAGAGGAACCGCUACCCGGACAUGAGCACCAGAGAGGAGAUCGCGGUGUGGACUAACCUCACCGAGGCCCGGGUCAGGGUUUGGUUCAAGAACCGGAGGGCGAAGUGGAGGAAGAGGGAGCGCAACCAGCAGAUGGAUCUGUGUAAGAACAGUUACCUGCCCCAGUUUAGCGGAUUAAUGCAGCCGUACGACGACGUCUAUCCCACCUACACCUACAACAACUGGACCAACAAAGGCCUGACCCCAGCCCCGCUGUCCACCAAGAACUUUACCUUCUUUAACUCCAUGAGUCCCCUCACGUCCCAGUCCAUGUUCUCGGCCCCGAGCUCCAUCUCCUCCAUGAGUAUGGCGUCCGGGAUGGGCCAUUCCGCGGUGCCCGGUAUGCCGACCACCGGCCUCAAUAACAUCGGCAAUCUGAACGGGAUCGGCGGCUCCACCAUCAACCCGGCCAUGAGUUCGUCCACGUGUCCGUACGGGCCUCCGGGAUCUCCGUACAGCGUGUACCGGGACACCUGCAACUCCAGCCUAGCCACGCUACGGCUGAAAUCUAAACAGCAUCCGUCUUUUGGAUAUAGCGGGCUGCAGAGUCCCGGCUCUAGCCUUAACGCGUGCCAGUAUAACAGUUGACGAAAUAAAAACUCCGACAAACUCACACCUGGAGCAGAGACGAGCAUACUGGAGUAGAUGCGAUCGGCACAUUGCAGUGGAAUAUGUGGAUUGUCUGUGUUUACCCAAACUUGCACAAAUCCAUUAUAUGGAUUUCAACGUUUUGAAGACAAGUUAAACUCAUUGUGUACAUAAAUAUAUAUAUAAAUAUAAACGUGGAACAAAAGUUGAUGAUGCUGUGCUGCAAGUGGGAACAGCGGUGUGUGAAAAACACAACCGUAUAAAUAAUCAAGAGCGCGUCCUGCUAAUGCAGUGCAGGCCUCAGUGGGGCUGGGUGGCGGUGGCUUUAUACCCGCACAUUCGUUUCGCCUUUCCAUAUAUGAUUAUAGGAAAGUGUUUGCCAAUUCUAAAUAGGGAAAUCAUAUUAUCAGCUAAUGACUACCAAAGCACAGCGUUGUUGAGAGUAAAAUAAGCAGUGCUAAUGUUGUUUCCAAGUCAUUCUUACAUGCGAUUUCAGACCAAAUAUUUAUAAAGUAGUGUGGUAGCAAAGUGUGCUCAUAGCAGUACGUCAUUAUAAAUAAUCUGCAUUAGCCUUUUUAGGUUCUGCUUUAGUUUUUUAUUGAACGCCAAAAGUCAGAUGGUGUGAAUUUAAAACCAACUUUACCUCAAUUUUAAACAUUCGGCCCGAAGUUGCAUGUAAGAGUGUCUUCCACACAACAUUAGCACCGAUUAAAUGACUAUUGUAGGUUGAUUGAAUUUCCAUAUUUAUAAUUAGCACAGAACACUUUUCUGAGAUGAAGUGAAUGUGCGACUUCGCCCCAGUCUCCAGGCCGUCAGUGGUGUUUGUGAGUGUUGUUCUCCUGUAUUAAUGUCCCGCAGAGGGUCGGCCGUUCUCGUGGCCUCUCGUCGACACUCGGGUUUUCCUCGUAUUGUUUUGAUUGUGUCGAUAGAUUUACCGCAUGCCUACGCCGAGUGAAAAAAAUGUUUUGUAAAAUUAUAUGAAUGUGUAGACUAAAUAACAAAGCUAUAAUGUUAUGUUGUAUUCAUGUUGAAUGGUUCUGUGUUCAUGUUUAAUGUUUGAAUAAAUCUCAAAAGGACGGAUUUCUAAAA